AUGGCUCGGACCAGGGACUCGCGCUCACCAUCGCCUGCAGGAAGCCAAUACGCGAGACGCCGCAAAGACGAUGACAGGAGGGACCGCCGUGAUGAUGGAGGCAGAGACUACCGUCGUCGCUCGCGGUCCAGGAGCCCUGGCGAUGUGAGAAGACACCGCAGAGAACGAGAAUGGGACGACUCUGACAGGUACCAACAGCGACGAUACCGAGAUCGCGAGCGCGAUCGCGACUCUCACCGCCGGAGAGAUCGCUCCAUAGACCGACGAGACGACGAUUUGUAUCGCGGAGGCCGACGAGACAACGACCGCCACAGAGACAAUCGGAGGAGGUCUCGCGAUCGAUUCGCCGACAGAGACCGAUCUCUCGACAGACGGCGGCAUCGUGAUAGCGACAGGGACCAUCGUCCAAGGCGAGACGACUCCAGGGAUCGAGCUCGCGCGAGGCGAGAGGGAACUGCUGACUCCCGUCCGCGUAGCAAGCGCGAUGAUAGCCGCCCACGCGGCGCAGCGCCUCAAGAGAAAACCAGUACCCCUGGUAAUGAGGCUGCUAAGCCCAAGCCCGCCCCAGCCCAGACUGAAGCUGACAAAAAGGCCGAACGACUCGCCAGGCUCGAGGCCUGGAAGAAGAGCAGAGAGAACAAGGCCAAUAAAGAGAAUGAGGUUAAUCCAAGUCAGACUAGGAAUCUCCUCGCGGAGAUGGACAAAAAGUCCGUGGCGUCCCCGGCUCCCGCUUCGCCAUCUGUCGCCUCGCCUGCUGUCGCAUCUCCCGUAGUCGCGUCCCCGGCGGCAUCCCCAGCGCCAACGCUCAAUACUUCUGGAAACGCAUCACCAGCUGUGCCUUUCGCGGGCAAGUUUGACCCCAAGGCCAUUGCGAAGAAAUCGGCAGCGUCUCACAAGAACACCGGCACGAAUAGUGUGCUGGGGGCGCUGGAAGGCCGGCCCGAGAAGUCCACGGCACCUGUUGCACCAAUCACGAAGGCCUCAGCACUUCCCGCCAACCGAAACCUGAGCGCUUUUGGUUUCAGCAAAGCGACUGCCGACAGUGAGAAGCUCGCAAACAAGCGCAAGCUCGAUCUCGAUGAGGAGGAAGGGACGAAGAGGAAACUCACAAAGCUACCCGCACUUCCCCUCGAGGCUGAUGACACCCCCUACGCUGAUCAAGAUGAAGACGAUGAGUCGGACGGUGGCAACUUUGCCGAAACGGAAGAAGAAGCUGCUGCAAUUGCCCGUGCUGCGCACGAACGACGCGAGAGAGAGCUGCAGGAGGCGCAAGAAGAGUCCAAGCAAGAUGUCGACAUGCAAGAUGUUGCGCCAACGCAAACUGCUGAGCCAGUUGAAGAGCCUGCAGUCGCCGACAAGAUGGAGGUCGUGGAAGCCGAAGAGGACGAUGUUGAUCCGUUGGACGCUUUCAUGGCCGAUCUGUCGGAUACAAAAGCCGCGCCGGGUCCCAAGGCAAGUACAUCCACGAAGAAGGUCCAGGAGCCUGAGGCGUACUUCAGUGACGAUGAAUACGCUUUCAAAGCAGACGAUGGCCCCAACGCCAAUGCAGCUCUCGCCAUGGCUGCGAAACGCAAGAAGAAAGAUAUUCCCACGGUGGACUACAGCAAGAUAGACUUACUACCUAUUCGUAAGGAUUUCUGGGUCGAACCAGCGGAGCUUGCCGCUCUCAGCGAAGAAGAGGUCACCGAACUGCGCGCGGAGCUUGACGGCAUCAAAGUCUCGGGCAAAAACGUCCCUAAGCCGGUACAGAAGUGGGCCCAGUGCGGUCUCAAUGAGCGGACAUUGGACGUCAUCGCCGGCCUUGGCUACGAAAAGCCGACGCCGAUUCAGAUGCAAUCUCUGCCCAUUCUCAUGUCGGGGCGUGAUGUUGUCGCCGUUGCCAGGACUGGAUCAGGUAAAACAAUGGCCUUCCUCCUCCCUAUGUUCCGUCACAUUAUGGAUCAGCCGCCCAUCAGGGACACCGACGGUCCCAUUGGUCUCAUUAUGACACCGACUCGCGAGCUGGCAGUCCAGAUUCAUCGCGAUUGUAAACCCUUUCUGAAGGCAAUGGGUUUGCGGGCUGUCUGUGCCUAUGGUGGAGCUCCCAUUAGAGAUCAAAUCGCCGAGCUCAAGCGCGGUGCCGAAAUCGUCGUGUGCACUCCCGGCCGCAUGAUUGACCUGUUGGCUGCCAACCAGGGCCGUGUUACGAAUGUGCGUCGCGUCACAUACGCUGUCCUCGACGAGGCUGAUCGCAUGUUCGACAUGGGUUUCGAGCCACAAGUCAUGAAAAUCUUCGCCAAUAUUCGCCCUGACCGGCAAACCAUCAUGUUCUCCGCAACCAUGCCUCGCAGCAUUGAUUCCUUGGCCAAGAAGGUACUCAAGUCUCCAGUUGAGAUUACCGUAGGAGGCCGCAGUAUCGUGCCCGCAAACAUUACGCAGAUUGUUGAGGUUAUUCCCGAGACUGAAAAGUUCUACCAUCUACUAGGCCUGCUUGGUGAGCUUUACGAAAAGGAUGAGGACGCCCGUACUCUAAUCUUCGUCGAACGUCAGGAGAAGGCCGACGACCUUCUUAAGGAACUCAUGACCAAGGGAUACCCCUGCAUGUCGAUCCACGGCGGUAAAGACCAGGUCGAUCGUGAUUCUACAAUUUCCGAUUUCAAGAACGGUAUCGUGCCAAUCCUGGUCGCAACGUCCGUUGCAGCUCGAGGUCUGGACGUCAAGCAGCUCAAGUUGGUUGUGAACUAUGACCCACCCUCUCACCACGAGGACAUGGUGCACAGAUCCGGACGAACGGGAAGAGCAGGUAACACUGGAACCGCAGUGACUUACAUUUCUGAAGACCAGGAGAAUUGCGCCCCUGGCAUCGCAAAGGCUCUGGAGCAAAGCGGUGUUCCUGUCCCUAAGCGCCUGGAAGAGAUGCGUAAAGCAUGGAUAGAAAAGGUCAAGGCAGGCAAAGCCAAGGAUAACUCUGGCUUUGGUGGAAAGGGUCUGGACAGACUCGAUGCCGAGCGUGAAGCUGCUCGUCUUCGUGAGCGCAAGACUCACAAGGCCGAGGGCGAAGAAGAUGACGUGAAGGAGGAGAAGGCUGAGGACAAGGGCAAGUCUGCUGUCAUCGACAUUCAGUCCAAGGUAUCAGCCGUUGUGUCCCGUGCCGCCAACAAGCCUGAAGAGGCCAAGGGCAAGGAUACACCGGCUGCCGGCGGCGCCGGAGGCAAGCCGGGACAGCCUCUCGACAUGGUCAGCGCAGCCAUUAGGAACAUCAACGAGCGACUCGGCAAGGCCGGGCAGCUUCGGUCAGGACAGCCCAUCGACAACAAGGGCCCCGACGCCGGUGCGUACCACGCCACCCUCGAGAUCAACGACUUCCCGCAGAAGGCCAGAUGGGCGGUCACAAACAGAACGAACGUGGCCAAGAUUUUGGAGGCAACUGGUGUGUCGAUCACGACAAAGGGAACCUUCUAUCCUGCUGGCAAGGAAGUCCCGGCCGGAGCGGACCCGAAGCUGUACAUUCUCGUUGAGGGUGACACGGAGGUUGUGGUUGGCGCUGCUAUGACCGAGCUUACCCGACUUCUCAGUGAGGGAACUGUUGCGGCGGCUACGGCCGACAGCCGUGCUCCCGCUUCUGGACGUUAUAAUGUCGUGUAA